CCGAAGGCCCGAUCUCGCAGCUCUGUCCCUGUCUCGAUCGGGCCGACCCCUCCGAGAACCCGGGCGCCUGCGGAUGUCAACCACGCCUUCAAACCACCUCCAUCCCCCGCAUCCGCCUCCGUCACGCCGGGACAUAAGAUGCGGCCGCUGCUCCGUACCAAGCUUCACCCUGCCGUAGUCCCCUCCAUCUCUAGAACCGGCUUUGCUUGCUCAGGAGCUCGAGCACUACACACUACUACGCCGCCCACGGCAUUCUUCCCCCGCAGCCGGCCCCGCCAAGCACGCAUAUACCCCGGAGCACCAAACCAACAUCACCACAUCCCUCCUCACCCGCGCACAAUGGCGUCGUCCUCCACCACAGGCCCGGUGCUGAAGAAGCCCGUGACGCUAGCAUGCAUCCAGCUCGCGAGCGGGAGCGACAAGGCCGCCAACCUCCGCCACGCCCGGGACAAGGUGCUCGAGGCGAGCCGGACGCACGGCGCCGGCAUCGUCGUGCUGCCAGAGUGCUUCAACUCGCCCUACGGGUGCGACUACUUCCCCUCGUACGCCGAGACCCUGCUGCCCAGCCCGCCGACCAGGGAGCAGUCCCCCUCGUUCCACGCGCUGAGCGAGAUGGCGCGCGAGGCCGGGGUGUACCUCGUGGGCGGGUCCAUCCCGGAGAUUGUCGAGAGCAGAGACGAAGGCAAGACAUACUACAACACGUCCCUGACGUUCUCCCCGUCGGGCGAGCUGCUCGCGGCGCACCGCAAGGUGCACCUCUUUGACAUUGACAUCCCCGGCAAGAUCACGUUCCGCGAGUCCGACGUGCUGUCCCCCGGCAACAAGGUCACCGUCAUCGACCUGCCCGAGUACGGCAGGAUCGCCGUCGCCAUCUGCUACGACAUCCGGUUCCCCGAGCUCGCGACCAUAGCUGCACGGGGCCGCCGCCCCCAGCAGCGCAAGGAUGGAGAGCAGGAGGAGGAACAGGAGCCGGGCUGCUUCGCCCUCAUCUACCCAGGCGCCUUCAACCUCACCACGGGCCCCCUGCACUGGAAGCUGCUCGGCCAGGCCCGCGCCGUGGACAACCAGGUCUACGUCGCGCUGUGCUCGCCCGCGCGCGACCUCCAGGCCACGUACCACGCCUGGGGCCACUCCUUGGUCGUGGACCCCAUGGCCCAGGUGCUCGUCGAGCUCGAGGAAGGUGAAGAUAUUGCGGUCGCGCACCUGGAUGGCGGCAAGAUCGCGGAGACGCGCAAGGGCAUCCCCCUCGGCGGACAGCGCCGGUUCGACGUCUACCCGGAUGUCGCGGCGGGCAAGGUGCGGUGGGAGGAGUGAUUUUGGGCUUCCGAUGUGUGUUGUAAUGUUUUCUCUCCAGGGGUGUGGGGGGUGGUCAGUCAAGGGGAAAGGCGCCAAUGACAGCGACAGGCGAACUUAUGAGCAGUCCCCCAUGGACAGGUGGUUAAGAUACCAGAUCUGAAACGAUAGGUGAUGAAGCCAAUAAAUUAAGAGAGCUUUCAGUUCCCGCUUCGUGUAUGUUACGCCACAACAGACUAAGAUAGUCUGGCCGGAAAGAAUGACAAGCUGUCGUUUGUUAAAAGUAUAGCGGGACUGUUUUCAGAUUAGAAAACCACUUGGUUACGAGACCUGGACGCCGCUUGUUUUAUAUAUCACUAUCGGG